AUUUUGCGGCCAUGUGUGGUCAUAUUCGUGCCCCUAGAGACAAUUUUAGUGAUGUUAUCAACCACUGCAAAUAAUAAAGUGAAAAACUUGAAGGGGUCGGAGCCCCCCGACGUUCUUGAAACGGAAGAAAUCGGCCAAGAAAACACGGAUGAUAAGGUCAGAGGUUAUGUUGGGUCGUAUGAUGCAUCGUCUUCUUUUGGCGGGCCGAGCCGAGACGGGCGUUUUCGGCCCCGCGGCCGGGUUACGGAGUUUCGACACUCUAGAGGCGGCGGGCGCGGCGGCCGAGGCAGAGGCCUGCCGCCCCGCAGCGACCGUGAUCUGGAUGGUUCCUUUAAAUAUCACGAACCGUUAGCUCAUGCCGCGGCUGAUUCCUGGGCCCAAACGAACUCUACAAAAAAUUUCUACGAGCGAUCUGAACUGGCUGUCCAUCUGCCCGAAGACCCACGUAUAUCUAAACUGCUGCGUCGCCUGUGUGCCGAGGUGGACGUCGAAAAGUCGCUCGCAAUAUGCAGCAAGCUGCAGGAGGCUGUCAUGCUUCCAGAAAACGCCAGAUACAUUAGAAGAUCUUAUGACAUACUUGUUGAAUCACUUCUUGAUGUGCUGUAUGAUGCCCCGGGGCCAGAAACAAAGGAACAAGCUGCUGUUGUGCUAGGCAGGAUUGGUUACGUCAUGGGGCCGGAUUUCCGUAAACAUCUGGAGUGGAUUAAGACCACAUAUGCAGCACAUAAUAGCUCUAUCAAACACCUGCUCAUACUGUCCUUUUCUGAGACAUUUCAACUGGACUUUCAGACACCAAAUCUGUCAGACUUUGCAGAAACAACUCUGGUUCGCCUACAAGUCAUUAUAGAGGGCACUGACUCAGCCGAUGUCUUUAUGGCUGCGAUAACUGCCAUGAUAGUGAUGUCUAACUCAUACCCAGAACAUUUUGCCAAUCAUUUUGUGGAUACUGUGGACAUUUUAGUCGGCUGGCAUGUAGAUAAUGCUCAACCGAGAAAGAUCAAGGAGUUUGCUCUACAAUCACUGUUUAAACUGAGCCGUCACUGGCAGGCUGAUGUCGGGUUCUCAGUAAACCUGCUGAACCAAUUUGUUGAGGAUAUGGUAGCUUAUUCAACUGACAUGGAUUCUAAUAAAAGUGACACAGAUACCGAAUCUACAUCAGCAGAGGACUGCAUCCAGAAGAUAACCUCAUUUCUUAAUGUGUUUAAUACUGUUGUAAAGAGUCUGGGCAGUUUACUCAGCCCUACUACAUCUCAGACUGUCAGCUGGUCUUUCCUGACUGAAUCUAUAACUAAGAUACUUCAGGUACUUACUAAAACUUUGAAAGAUGAUGCGGAACCUGAUUUGAUUGUGGCUGGGAAUGAAAGCAUUACAUUACUAUUGAAGCAUUUACAAACUAAAGCUAUGUCCAGUUUCCCAGCUUUGUUCUCACUGAUUUCAAUGGAGAUUACAACUUAUUUGAAUGAUGAAGAAAAUGUGUGUCUCAGUGUCAUUGACUUAAUAUCUAAAACUGUCAAAGAGAUUGCAUCAAACCUUCCUAUAGAAUUUAUCACUGAAACAAUAGGUCCAGAGUCUAAUUUGCGUCAGUUGCGCAAUUCAGAGAGUGCCCUGGUUCUAAAUGGGGUAAUGUCGGUAUACAGUAACCUUUUGAACUUGAAGAAUAUCCCACUGUUACAAGAAACUUACAAGUUUGUACUUACAGACAUACAAAACUCAUAUUCUGUUAUUGUGCCUGACAUACAAAUUAUUCAGCUUGAAUACACUGAUGAAGUAUGCAAAGAAGAUGCUGAGAAAAAUGUUAUUUUUUACCUGCAAUGUCUUUCCGAGCUUGCCAAUGCUAGUAAUUCGAUCAUCGGCAUGUGGGCUCUGCAGCCAAGCAUUUUAGAACUCCUGGCAAUUAAAAUGCGUCCUGAAGAUGAUAAAUUGAGCCAAGAUAAACCAGCCCUCCAAUAUGCUGUGCUGUAUUUGCUUUACUCCCAUUGCAGAAAGAACAAUCAUUUCAUUGCAUCAAGUGAUUUAGUAAAGAUGAAGAACUCCCAGCAGAGAGCAAAUGAUAUAUUUGGCUUAUCCAAAUUAAACCUCGGAGAAGUGAAAGGCACAAGCCCUACAUCUGGACACCUAGCGGUAAUUCUCAACACAUUGAGUGUAAUAUUGGAAAAAGAAGUUUGCAAGGAAACCAUGUUGCUUGUCCUUCACUGGGUUUCAGACAUACUAAGCCAGCUUGACAAGUACCUACCAAUUGUCAGCAUGUCUAAAGGAUUCCUCAUUUUGACUACAAAUAUGCUGUCUCUAGCUUACUGUUUUGACGAUGACAUUGUGCUGAUUGUUAUGAAAAACAGCCAGUUGCUGUUAAAAAACAAAAACCUCACUUUAAAUGCAAUGGUAUUAAAAACUAUAGCUGUGUUGUGCAUAUUACACAUGGACAAUCAAAAUGACGCAGUGUCAAACAUUUGUAUGGAAGUGCUUUUUGAACUUCCGUGGGACAUAGUGCAACUAGAGCUUGACAAACAAGUCAUACAAGUAUUCAGAUAUCGAAAAAUGAGCCUACAUCUGCUCAACAAUGAAAGUAAAGCCAACUCUCUAAAAGAAUACCUCUUGAAAGGGUCAUACACAACCUUGUCAAAUCAACAUUUUAAAGCAAUAAUCGAUUGUAUCCUUCAGUCUACGAUCGAAGAUAAAAAUCUAUUGCUAAACGCAUUUUUAACUUCUUGGCCCUUGCAUUCUCAAGACGCUGACGAGAAUAAUAUUAAAUUUUUCCGUCAAUGUGCCACGAAUUUCUCAUCAAUUUGUAUCAGCUGGGCACUAUCGGAACUGGCUUUGACUACUGUAACAUUAAAACUGAGAACUGCUCUUGGGAAACCUCAAGAAACAUUCAUGAAAAUAGAAGGAGCACUGAAAGGGACUGCCAGAGAGACUUCUUCAUUAGAAACUAAAUAUGUGUCUACAGAUCAGCGACAUUUAAUGGAUGUGGUUGUUGGAGAGCAAAUGAGAUCCCGCUGGAUCACAGAGUUCAUGAUGUUCCUCGAGAAAUACAUAUAUAAUGCUGCUGAAGGGACAGCCACAGUUCUACCACCAGUCGCCAAGCCCGUACGCACGUUCUUCUAUACAAACUGGACAACAUGUCGAGAUUGGCAGAACAGGCUGCGACCGGCGUCUCUUGCUGUCAGUCAAUACGCUGGCCAUUACGGCGCCGCUAUCUACCACGCGUCGCUGAUUCUCCAAACUGCUGCCACUUCUACAACUAACAUUGAUAUCGAAGCUAUCACCAUGAAUCUAGCUCGUGCUCUCAUAAAAAUCCAAGAACCGGAAGUAUUGCACGGACUCUACGUUUGGAUCAAACAAACGUUUGACAAAAAGCUGUAUUGGCUAAAGGGCGCAGCAGAGCAGGCUAAUUCGCGACACGAGUUGGCUUUGGAAUUCUAUAAGAAACUAAACAAUAUGAAAACCCAAGAAGACAAAAAAGAAUCGGGUGACACGCCUCAAACAGAGACUAAAAGUGAGAAGUUCAUUGAUGAACAAAUGAUGAACAGCUACAAGCAUAUUCAGAAUUGGGAGGAUAUGCAGGAAUGGAAAGAAAAUGAGAACCAAAGGAAGCACAAUUCGCCGUGGAACUCAUUUACAGCACUGCGAGUAUUCGAGGGAAGUACUGAAAUUCCCGACGAACUUACUAAUUGGGACAUUCUGGAUAUGAAUUCUAAUGAGAUAUCUAAAAACGCUUGCUCAUAUCAAAACCUCAUAAACAAGAUUGAAUCGACGUUAGUGUGCACUGCUGUAAACGUGUGCUAUACCGAUAACUUUGAACAAUAUGAGCGUUUGAUAACAGAUUGUGACGCUCUGCUGAAAUGUAGCGCUCAAGAAUUCGCUAGAACGAAUGCUGUGCAUUUCAUGAAAGAUAUUGCAGUGCUUCAAUUGGCUAAUCUAGGACUAAGAAAUAUCGCCAAGAAUGGAAAAGUAAUUUCAAAUCCAUUCAAACCGUCAGUUCUAAAAGAACACAAAUAUGGCACGGACUUCGAAAAUCUCAGUCGCAUUCUUUGGUGGAAUCAAUAUUUUACGAAACUGAACAUGACUGAGGAGAACAUCUUCUAUGCAGAGUGCCUUCGGUUAGAUGUAAUAAAGAAUGCCAGGAAACAUUCUAAUAUAGGAAUGGCUAAAAGAGAACUAUUAAAUCAUUUCAAACAUAAUUCAGCAUUCCAAGUGUAUCUUGGUAACGUUGGUAAUUUAGACGAACUGAGUGAGGUAUUGGUAAUGUCGACAAACACGUAUGAUUUAGACAUUUGGACAUUAAACAACACGACGGCGCUAAUGGAAUUAUGCAAACUAACGUAUGCUAAAGAAGAAACCAAAAUGCAAGCUAUCAAUCUGUGCUCUAAUAUAUCCCUGGGAUUCUCGCAAAGACUUGCAAUGGGAGAACAAAGUUACGAAUUGCGCGAAAAAGGAACUCGGAUGCUUUUGACUUUGUCAAAAUGGAUCCAAAGUCAAACCGAGAAUGAAAAUAUCUUGGAAGUAGAUUCGCCUUUAAUGAAAUUGGUAUCCGCUCUACCUGAAAUCGGUCUUGUUGACAAUAACAUCUCUGAAAACGUGAUCCCUCUAGCUGACUCCGCUGUCGGCAAGUUAUUGCAGUUUGGAGUCAAUCAAUGUCCAGGACUUGCUAAAGCAUGGGCUAAUUUUGCAGCUUGGUGCUUCAGAUGGGGCAGGAAGAUGGUCGAGUUCAGUUCAAAGACGCGUGAACAAUUAACUGACAAUGAUAAAGUACAGAUAGAGAGCGUUAUGAUUGGAUGCUCACCACAGGACUUCGAAGCUGUAUGUGAAAUCUUAUCAAAAACAAAAGCCACUUGUGACGACGAAGAUAUUGAUUGGAAUGAGAUCAACACAUCGGAGAUGAUAGAGAGUCAACUUCGCACGGUGCCUUCCCUGAGCAACGCUUUCCCUGAACACCUUGCCUUGCUGGUUGAUAUAUGGCGCCAAGCUCAAAAACGAGUCUUUUCUUACUUCGAGCUGUCAGCGGACGCUUACUUCAAGUUCCUGCAGUUAAUAUGCGCCUCGGAUUACAUAAAUCACAGUGGAGAAAAUGCAGUCGUGAACGCUACUUUAAGACUGCUUCGUCUCAUAGUAAAACAUGCUAUGGAGCUACAGACUGUCUUGGAAUCUGGAUUAGCGAACACACCAACGCAACCCUGGAAAGUGAUUAUUCCACAACUCUUUUCAAGAUUAAAUCAUCCCGAGACUUACGUGAGGAAAUGUGUUUCUGAUCUGCUAUGUCGACUCGCGGAAGAUACGCCUCAUCUUAUUACAUUUCCUGCUGUUGUUGGUGCUGUAGAAAACGAAACGAAAGAUCUGACCGAGCUUAGUGUAGCAAGAUCUUAUUUGUCGAAUGACGAAGAAAACAGUCAACCUGAUAGUGACUUAGACGAUACGGCUAGUGACAAAGUCGUAAAUAAUGAACUAAAUUCUUGUUUCUUAGACAUGGUGGAGACAUUAACGAAGCAAGCACCAAAGACAAUACUUCAAGUGAAAUUGUUAGUGAAGGAGUUACAGAGGAUUAAUCUUUUGUGGGACGAAUUGUGGCUUGGAACACUUUUGCAACAUCACUCCGAGUUUAAUAAGAGACUCUCACAACUGGAGACAGAAGUUGCUAGAGUUAAAGAUAAUGCUAAUCUGAGCGCUGAAGAUAAAGAAAAGCUGAUUAAGGAGAAACAUCGAAUUAUAUUUGAACCCGUUGUAUACGUAUUAGAACAACUAGAACGUAUUACGUCUGCAAAACCAGAAUCUCCUCACGAAGCGAAUUUCCAAGCGAAAUUCCAUAAUCUGAUAACAGAAGUUAUCGAGAGACUGAAAAAUCCAACAAAUCCUGAAAAACCACAGGAGUCUUGGGCACCUUUGAAACAGUUACAGCUUAAGCUCCAACAAAAAGUCAACAAGAGAACUUCUUACAUUUUGAGGAUGUCGGAUAUUAGCCCUGUGUUAGCUGAACUCAAAAACACUGUUAUCACGAUGCCUGGAGUCCAUACUAACCAAAGGACUGUCAGAGUGACGAUAAAGUCAGUCGAGAACAAUGUGGCUAUCCUUCCAACUAAAACCAGGCCAAAGAAAUUGGUAUUCUGCGGCUCAGACGGUAGAGCGUACACAUAUUUAUUCAAAGGCUUAGAAGACUUACAUUUGGACGAGAGAAUAAUGCAGCUGCUGUCCAUUACAAAUACAAUGCUGGCUAGAGACUCCGAAAACAAUGAUAAUCAGACUUACAGAGCGCGGCACUACUCCGUGAUUCCUUUAGGACCCCGUUCAGGGUUGAUCAGCUGGGUGGAUAACGUAACGCCACUCUUCGCGCUUUACAAACGCUGGCAGAAUCGCGAAGCGGCUAUUCUGUCCGCUAAAACGAAUAAAACAGUCAACGUGUUGCGCCCUUCAGAACUGUUCUACAAUAAACUGAAUCCUCUUUUGAAAGAAGCUGGUAUACCGACUGAGAAUAGAAAAGAAUGGCCGGUAUCCAUACUUAAACAAGUGCUCCAAGAGUUAGCAGCGGAGACUCCUAACGAUUUGCUGUGGAGAGAGAUAUGGUGCAGCAGUGUGUCUCCCGAGCAGUGGUGGCAGAUGGUCCGUCGGUACAGUUACUCAGUGGCAGUGAUGAGUACAAUAGGCUAUAUAAUCGGCCUCGGUGAUAGACAUUUGGACAAUGUGAUGGUGGACUUGACGUCUGGUGAGGUGGUGCAUAUAGACUAUAACGUGUGCUUCGAGAAGGGGAAGACGCUGCGGGUUCCGGAGAAGGUGCCGUUCAGGAUGACCCCGAACUUGGUGACGGCGCUCGGCGUGACUGGUGUUGAGGGUAUAUUCCGUCUCGCCUGCGAGCACGUACUACGAACCAUGCGCCGUGGACGCGAGACCCUCCUAACCCUACUUGAAGCCUUUGUCUACGAUCCCCUGGUGGAGUGGGGCGGCGCGAAGAAGCGCAGAGGAGAGAGGGAUCUUCGAGCUGCCGUCGCCAUGUUGGCUGUACGGGCACACGAACUGAAACAACAGUUUGCAGACGUCACGGAGCAGUUCCUGGCUGUGCUGCCAGACGUCCAAGCGAGCGCCGACCAGUGGCUCCAGGAAACCGAAGAACUCAAGUCCAUUGAGACCAGACUCCAUGACUGCCACCAGCAGAUGGCGCUGGUCAAAGAGAUAGAAGCGUACGGACCGAAUCUAAGCAGCCAUCCUUUGUAUGCUAUCUCGCAGAAAUACUCCUCCUACAAAAAGGCAAAGAACGCUGUCGAGGACUCUAUGAAAGCCCUCGUAAAGAUACUCAACGAUUUUGACACUCAAAUAGAAAGCUUCGCAGCGGCCAACGAAGCUAUCAACGGUCCCAAAUUGGUUACAUGGGUGCAAGAAUUUUCAGGCCCAAGCGAAGAUGAUGAAAAACCGAUAUUCGACCACAUCAAAGAGUUCCUCGCAAAUGCUGGACAGAGCUCAAUGAUCACUCAAUGCGAACAAGCGGAGAACGAACUCAAUCAGAGCAUGCAAGAGACUAUUGUCCUCGUCAGAUCCUGCUUAGAGCUCCUUUCACAAUAUGUUGCGGUGUCUCAAUACUACCCGCAAACCCACACCGAGUACCAUCGCGUUGUGAUGUUCCGCAAAUGGCUGGCCGAAGCUUUAGAGAGCAAAUCACCUGAAGUGUGCCGUGAAGUCUCCAGCCAAGUUACGGCUCUAGUCAAUGCUGACAACGCAAACAAUACGGAACAGAUAGUUGCGUACAACUUCCAACUACAAACUAUUACUGCUGAAGCCAACGUGAAUUUGAACAAGGCAAUUGAAAGACUACAAAUACAUGGAGGUCCAGAUGCGGUGGCAAUUGCUCAAGCGGCAUACAUUGAAGCGAAAACAAAUAUUAGCUCCUGGGUGCGUUCUGAAGAGAGGGCUGGGGCAGCGUUGGAAAGCGUUGUCAUAGGAAUGCUAUGCAACUUGAACAGACGAUACCUGAUCUUAGAGAACAGCGCACAAAGCGCGGGCGACUGUUUAGUAGACUUGACGUCCAGAGAAGGAGAAUGGUUCUUAGACGACAUGAGUGCUUUAUCAAUGCAAGCUGUUGAACUACUAUCCCUGCUACCUUUACAAUCAGCUUCGGCUGAAGACUCGGCCAUGCCUGUAGCAGUGGAAUGCGUUCGCAAUGCCAACUUACUCUUAUCUGACCUGGUCCAGUUGAACUACAACUAUAGCACCAUAAUUCUGCCGGAAGCCAUGAAGAAGCUUCACCAGGAAGACCCAUCGACGAUAAUGAUGAUCAGUGAGCUGAAUGCGGUGAUAAUGAAUACUCCGAUGCCGUUGAAUGAGCUGCUCACUCAGUUGGAGAUGAACUUCAGAUAUUUACUAAUGGAUAUGGAGUGCCCCGCAGGCGCCCAACUACUAGCCGCCGAGCUCCGCGCCCGCUACGAAGCCCUGCUGUCCGGCGACUCCCCGGGCCGCAUGGUGCUGAUGGGCCUCAACGGGCUGUUCGCGGCGCUGGAGAUGCGCGCCAGGGAGCUGGCCGAGCCGCUGGCCCAGCCCGUGCCUCCCGCCUGGAGGAAGAUCGACCACGUCAGCGACGCCAUGCAUAUGUCGGCCGCCCUCCAAAGCCCGGCGCUGCGCUCCGUUCUCGAAGACUUGUUCCUCGUCCGUCGCGUCCAGGCCGUCGGCGAAGCCCUAGCGCUGUGCGCGCAGACCGCGGCCGCGUUCAGGGGCUCCGGCCCCCUGGCCGUAUACGAUGACACGGCGCUCUGUAAACCUGUCAAACGAUUUACCGCCGAAUACGUGUCCCGCUGCGUGUUAGGCGUGCACUCGAAGGCGCUAGCCUCAGUGUUAUGCUUACUGCUGAGAAGGCAGCGUCUAGACCUCGCAGCUGAGGUGGAACAGAAAGAAAUUGGAGCAUCAUGGAGCGUGUCCCUGGAGUCGCUCUGCGAGAAGGUGGUCGCCACGUCCCCGCUGACGGAGCGCGCUCGCGUGCUGGCGGCGCGCGUGGCGGGCGCGCUGGUCGCGCAGCUCCGCGCGCAGCACGCCGCGGCGGCGCGCGCCCGCGCCGGCAGCGCGCAGCACGCCGCCAGGUCCAGGCUCGCCGCGCACGCGCAGCUACACGCUGAGGUAUUGGGUUCAAAUCAAGAGGCUCCGGUGCUAGCCCGCCGCGCCAGAGACUUGGCCGCGGCCACCGAGCGGCUGUCGGCCGCCGCCGCUAAGGCACAGGGGCUACUGACGGCCGCCCAUCAAAGAGUGAAAUGGGGUGCCGGCGCCAACCCGGCCCUGCAGGCGCCGCUGGCCUUGCUGGAGGCGGCGUGGGGCGCGCGCUCGUCGCGCACGCGCCGCCUCGCCGCCGCCGCGCGCGCGCUCGCACGCCACGCGCGCGCCGCCGCCAACAUGCGCGCCGACCGCGCCAAGACCGCCAAGACUGCGAGGCAGGCGUUGGCACACUGGGAGAAGGCUUGCACGCUGUCACAAAAGUACUCCUUGAAAGUGACGGAUGCACAACACGCACUCAUGGAAAUGCUUCACCCUGAAGGCAACAUUGAUCAACAUUGGACCCAGCAGUACUUGGAAGAUCUUGAUAUUUCUGCUGGGUUACAGCAAUCGUAA